GGAGGAGCAGCGCCGAAUCCAUUGUUUUACUCCGCGGGAGCAAGUGCCGUUCCAGCGGGCGCUACUUCCGCUUCGGCAUCAAGUGCGGCCACUUUUGGCGCAUCCUCGUCGGGACAGGCAAGGGCGCCGGUGAAUCCGCUGUUUCCUGGUGGAGGUGGCGCGGCGGGAACGCCAAGUGGCGCGGUGCAGCCAAAUGUGGGCAGACCAGCACCACCACCAAAUCCGUUGAUGGGCGGGCUGUCGAUGGGAGGCGCGCCUGCAAGUGCGAUGAUGAACAAUGCAGCGAAUGGCGCCAUGCCAAACCGUCGCGUGUCGAGCUCAGCGAUGCUACAGGAACAGCAGAGGCUUCAGCAGCAGGCCGAGCAGCAACGGCAGAUGCUUGAGCGACAGCGUCAACAGCAGAUGAUGGACCAGCAGCGGCAACAGCAGAUGCAGCAGGAGCAGCAGCGUCAGCAGCAGCUGCAGCAGGGGCAACAGCGACAACAACAGAUGCAACAGGAGCAGCAGCGCAGGCAGCAAAUGGAACAGCAGAGGAGGCAGCAGGAAGAGGAGCAGAAGCGGCGACUGGAAGAGGAGCGGCGACUUCGCGAGCGGCUACAGCAAGAGACCCGGCCGCGGAUGAGUAAUCCAAACGAGAACGAUAAUGCUGCGGCCGCGACACGCCCAGCUGCGGCAGGUACGCCAACUAGUGCAUGUCCACCGGCAUCAGCGCAACCGCGCAGUAACUCGGUAACUGAAAACGCAGGAGGGCAGCAACCUCCAGAACAACAGCAGGUACCACAAGCGCCUGCGAACAACACUGCAGACGCUAUCGCAGUAAAUCAGCAGAAGCAAGCUGCGGCAAGCGCUAGCGCAGCCGGAGCUGGUGGAGAUAGGGUAAAUUAAACUGUCCCUCAUCUACUUCUUUCAUCUGCUACAGCUAGGUUUUGCUACGAAAAUCCAGUGCUAGUUCUUCUUUCGCUAUACAUAGAAAUGAAUAACGACUCUUAUUUAUUAAAUACGGCGAAAGGAAAAAUUUCAUACGGAAAUUGUGAUAAUGAAGAUAUAUACCUGUAGACUGGGUACACUACUACUACUACUAUGGAGAAGUAAAAGUUUGAAACUCCUUGUUUGUCCAAGAAUUUUUCGAAUUACCAAAACAGAUACACCGGCUAGUGAGCAGUGUGAUUAACGCGGGCAUCGUUCGCGCAGAAACUAAGACGGGCCUCUUGAACUCGCAUACGACAUACAUCAUCAAAGUGAGUGAUUUCGGACGGGAGUUCGAGAUUGAGCGGCGCUUCACAGAUUUCGAGACUCUGCAUUCCGAUCUUAUACGUGUCUGUGGAUCGGACGCACUUCCCAAACUCCCGGAGCGUGGUUGGGGGACUUCCACAAAUCCAAAUAUUGUGGAGGAGCGGAAGCCGAAGCUGAACAUGGUAUCUUCGAUUACUAUUAUUCAAUAGAUUACUAAGGCUUAAUUGUGCCUGAGAUUUUCAACAGAGAUGAUCAAACUUUCAAAUUCAAUGGAUGUUAGAACGCAGUCCCCCCUAACCCUAUGAGCAGAAUUGAUUAUACCGAAGGGUUUUCAACAUCGCGCUGCAUUCUUGCUGCAAUUUUAUGGGUACAACUUCAUCUUCUCAAAUUUACCACAUCAUCAGAUUAUUCAAUCGGCGUUGGCAAAUCGGGAGGCGCUGUUCGAGAAGUCGAACAUUUUGUGGACUUUUCUCGAUUUGACUCUGCCAUCCAUCUUCUCUGUUCGUGGGAUUCUACACGGCUUCAAUUUCGUCUCGAAUAACCUCAUAGGAGAACUGGGAUCAAAGUACUUGAUUACAACUUGACUUAAGUAUCUUCAAUUUUCAUUUUGUUGAGGCUCUUUGAUUGACAAUAGGCAUGUGUCAAUUUGCCCAUCUUUCUAAGGACCUCUAAUAUGUUCACUUUGUUUCUUCAGGUAGUAAAACUCUACUCAAAGAAAGUACUCUCUCCAUGGUCGUAAUUCACCUAUUGAGGUCUGACGGCGCAGUGACGAGUCCGGUGAAGCCUGGCGAGCGCCGUGUUUCGCGGGAGCUGCUCUUUCUUUUUACACAACUGCAAAAGCUUGUGGUCGAAGAGAAAUAUGAGAACGACCGCUACCGGCUUGAGCAUCCGACGAUGUACAAGAUCGUUCUCGGCCUUCUCGAGGAAGUAGACCCGCACGAGGUAAAGCCGGAGGACGCGUCCACGACGGCAAGCAAGUCAGAACCGGGCGCCGCAUCGGGAGCAGGCGCGGCGGCCGCCAUAGCGGCAGCGGGGAGAACACAUCAGUUUUCGCCUCGGUCGCGUGACGACGGUGGUUUCGUGCGGAACGACUAUCGAGGAGCCCACCUGAGGAAUUCAGCAGAGCCGAAUAGCCAACAAGGUGGGGCAGCAGACCAAAUCGCAGGCUCUGGUGCCGGACAGCUAGCGGCAAGUCGCGGGCCUUCGUCAGUAGAGCAGGUAAUCGCGGCGUGCGCGGAAAUUCUUGGCCACACUCUCCGCAAGAGCGAGGCAACGCGCACGUUGUUCCUCCGCGAGCGCGGUCUGGACAAGCUUUUUCGUGUGGUGGGCAAAGAUGCAGUGUUGAAUCCGCGAGUGAAGCGCAUUUUUUCGUCUCUGUUGAGUUCCGUUGGGGGCGAUAUAAUCGGCGAAGCGCUGGCGAACUCGCUGAUCACAGACAGCAAAGCGGGGCACGAACAAGAGCAAUCAGGGAAAAAUCCGAAGCCGAAAUUGCUAGAGGUCUUCACAGACUUGGCGGAAAGCGACCGGGACGCGAGUUUCCACGACUUCCUGGCGAAAAUGCUGUGGUUUGUGUGGGAUUCGGAGCAGAUCCAGGCGUUCUUCACGGAGGACGGCUUGUUUUUGCUCUCGCGGCUGUUCGUAGUUAAUAGUCUGGUAACGAGGCUCUACACCGCGCUCAUGUUCGCGGUGAUGCUGGCUAACCACCUGUUGGACGACCGAAAACGGGAGCGCGUGGAGGAUGGGAUCAAUGACUUGAUCCGGGAGCUUGAGCAAGUCGCUUUUCUCGGCCAGCUGCGACCUGGAGCGACGGCGACUUCGCUGUCCUCCGUGGUAGGCAUGCCCGGUGGGGGCAGCAGUGACGCAGCAAGCGACGCGGGCUCCAAUGCAUCUGGUGGACCCAGCAAAGGUGUCGCGGGAGCGGCCUCCUCAGUCGUUGGCGGCGCGCUCACAGGCCUCUUUGCGAAUUACGCAGGCACAGGGACGAGUGACCAAGCGGCCGAUCGGAAUCUGGCGGAGCACCUCAGCCGUGAUAGUCAAGUCUCCGUUGUGUCUGGCUACGAGGCAGCUGGUGGUGUGCUGGUCGGUGGCGGCAAGGCGGCCUCCAGCAGCAGCAACGUUUUACUACAGCAAGAUCCAGCCCUGCGAGCGUUCCAAACGGAGCUGAUGCAAAUGGGAAAUAUGCAAGCGUCCCUCGUGAAAAUUCAUACUUGCCUUGCUGACAACGGCAACGUCGUUGCCGCUAAACUGGGACUCUAUGUCCUCCGCGAAGCAAAACCCCGGGCAGAAUAUCUCUGCAGGUACGCUCACUGUGUAUUUUUAUUUUCGUUUUAAUGCCACGUAUAUGGUCGUAUUGUUCUGUCUUUGCUGAGUCUUUAGGUUUUUCGUACUAACAAACCCAUUUUUAUUCUGCAUAAUCUGAAAACUAAAACAAGUCUUUUGACCUUUCUCGUAGAAAAUACCAUGUCGAAUUUUCAUAAUUUUAUACGUAGGUUUUAUCCCGCUCUGAGGCCGUGGGUCGUGCAUGAAAUCUCGGGGAACAGCGAGAAUCAAUGCGUCGCCGCGGAUAUCCUCUUGGAGAUGACUCUGCAACCGGUAAACCACUACGCAGAUGCCACCAUUAGCGGUGGCUCGCAGGGAAGCGACAGCGCGGUCGAUCCUGAAAGUAUCAUCCCCUGGUAUUUUCAGGACGGGGACCUCGAAACCGCACUGCACAAAGCCCUGCUGAAGAAGAUCGAAUAUGAAUCUGGCAUGGCCCGACGGCACUUCGAGGAGGCGGGCAAAGUUCUUAACGCACAACUAGAGUAUUCGGCACAGCGGAUGAUGAUUCAGCCACCGAGAAGUCUGGUCUUACACUUCGCCGCUCGCCAUCUCGACAGGUGUGGCAGCGGAAGCAACUUACUGGAUCAUGGUGCAGGAGGAGCUGCAGGGGCCGGCGACUCCGAAAAAGAAGGCUUCUUCGCGCCAUUAGAGAAAAAGAUGACUGAAUACGACCAAGCAAAGGAGAAGUUGAAGCAGGCCAGCGAAGUGGCCAUGCGUGCGAAAGGGAGUGUUGGAGACGUGCAAGGCACUGAAAGUCGCAUGGGAAAACUGGCACCCAAACUACCUCUGGGUAUUUCUUUGAGCGCUGCAGAUUUAGUUCUCUAGUACUACUCCGUGGUGACGAUCACCAUGUUGCAUUUGUAUUAAAGUUCAACAUCAACAUGAUGAUAAUUAUCUUUAUCAGCAUUCAUACGGACAGUCUUUAUCUACUUGCUUGUUUUUACUGGUUUCCGUUUGACAACAUGCAGUACUAUGUAUAGUAUAACAUGUUUGUGAAGAUGAUGGUAAUUCCUCAGGUAUGGCUGAGUUGAUGGCGACGUUGAAGAGCAUGUGCGAGAGUUCCAGUGCCCAGUUUUUAAACUUCACUGAGCAGAGCAGUGAGCUUGCGCGGCUGGAACAAGCUGCGAAGGACGCAGACGAGGAGCUGACUGAGGCAGAACGCACGAGCGCGAAGUUGCAGACAGAGCGGUCCGCGGCUCAGAUGUCAUUGCAAGAAAAGAAGCUCGCUGCGUCGAAGUUACAGCACCAAAUCUACGAAGCAAAGAUGAAGACGGGCAGCACAGGCGUUGACGUGGAGGCUUCUCUGAAAAGCCUUCAAGAAGAAGUCGAAAAACUUGAAGUGGCUGACGCAGCAGGGGAAGGGACAAGAGUUGCUGCAGAGGCGCAAGUAACGAUCAAAAGCUAGACGUCAAUGUUUUCCAUUCGUAAUUACAUGACAUGUAGAAAUCCGAGUCGAACAAUCAUAAGCAAAAAUGGGUUACAACUGCCUUUGAUGCAAAUAUUGUAUACUGCAUCUGUAGGUGUCAUGCAGGUAUUAUAUGUAGUACCAAGGACAUUGAAAUCAUCAUAUUAAUACUUAUACAAUUAAGUAAGCAAAUUCUGCAUUCUCCUUAAGAGUGGGUCCUUCAGGAAGCUCCUGAAAGGUGUGCCACCCUUAAGGAGCUCCGUUAGGGGCGCCUCUCUUAAUAAGAGUGGCUACUAUAGGCCCUCCCUUAAGGAAGCGGCUAGCGCAGAAGUUGCAACAGCUACGACGGAAGCAGCUGGCCAGCCCGUGGCCUCUAGGCUAGGGAGCUGCCCAAGGCUUCUGAACUAGCUGGCCAAGCAAGGCCUCGCUCUGAGCUAGCUGGCCAAGGCUUCCAAGCUCGCCGCCCGUAGCUUCUGAGCUGGCUGGCCAUGGCUUCUAAGCAGCUGCAUGGCCAUGGCUUUGGAGCUCCCUCCCCAUGGCUUCCAAGCUGACUGGCCAUAGUUCCCCAUGGCUUCCAAGCUGACUGGGCAUGGCUUCUGAGCUAGCAAGCUGGCCGGAGCGGUGCCCGAGCUAGUCAGCCAGGGCGUUCAAGUUGAUUGCUUGGCUUCACAGUAAGCUAGUAGUAAGCUAGUAGGUUGGCCGUCAAGGCUUCAGAGCUAGCUGGCCAAGGCUUCCGAGUUAGCUGGCCAAGGCUCCCGAGUUACCUGGCCAUAGCUUCGUAGCUAGCUGCCCCACGCUUCUGCGCUAGCUGUGUAAGCUAGCUGGCUACGGCUUCAGAGCUAGCAAGGGCCAUGGCUUCCAAGUUGGCUGGCCACGGCUUCUAAGCUAGCUGGCAGAGGCUUCUGAGCUCGCUCACCCUGGCGCGCAAGCUAUUCUAUCUGGCCACGCCUUCGGAGGCCAGGGCUUCCAAGCUAGCUGUCAUGGCUUCUGAGCUAACUUGCUAUGGCUUCCAAGCUGGCUGGCCAUGGCUUCUGAGCUAGCUCGCCAUGGCUUCCAAGCUAGCUGGCCUUGGCUUCUCUCUGAGCUGGCCUUGGCUUCUCUCUGAGCUGGCCUUGGCUUCUCUCUGAGCUGGCCUUGGCUUCUCUCUGAGCUGGCUCGCUAUGGCUUCCAGGUUCGUUCGCUGGCCACGACUUCUGGGCAAGCUCGUCACUGCUCCGAAGCGGGCCGGCCAUUGGCUUCCAAGCUAGCUGGCGAUGGCUUCUGAGCUAACUCGCCAUGGAUGGCUUCCAGAGCUCGCCGAGGCCGACCUUGGCGCCCAUUGGCUUCGCAGUAAGCAAGUUGGCCAGCGCUUCAGAGCCAGCUAGCCAUAGCAGUCGGAAGCUCACUAGCCUAGCCACAGUGGGAGCCAGCUUGCCAACCUUUCUAGCCUUGGCGAGCGGACUUGGCGACUUUUUUCGUUUGUCUUUCUGUGUCUUCGUUAUCUGUCUAGUUGUUAACCUAUGCCGAGCGCAGCGGGCCCUUGAUGGGCCCGCUUUCUGGGCAUGUACUUCCAUCUUCUUGAUGUAGCCGAGAACAACAUUUACAACUACUUGCGAUUUGUUUCAAUAUUCACUUUUACAGGUCCGUUCCGCAAAAGAACGCAAGCAGGAGUUGAUGGAGCAGCUCGUGCGACAGAAAGAGGCGGUGCGUCAAGGUAACGUUUCCGACUUGCGUGGUCAACUUCUGCAGCAACGGGGGAAGAUAGCAGGACCUUACCGGAAGUUGCAUCGCGAGUGGGCGGCCUGUUGUGCGGAGUUACUGCGAAGCCACGUGGCGCAGGCGCUCUUCCAGCAACGCUUGCGGGAACUUGCAAAGAGUCUGCAAGCGGAGCAGCGCGCUCGUAGUGCUUUGGCUGCGGCGCUGGCCAAAACGCGAGACGAUCUCAGUGCUUUCGAGCAAGCGUUGCAAGUAAACGACCACGGGCUUGACGAAGUAACCGCGCAUUUGCUUUACUGAGAUGUAGUACCUCGUCUUGUUCAAUGCAAGGGGGUGGAUUAGGAAGAAGACCAAGACACGACGAAGGCUUUAUUCCUUUAAGUGGUUUCCUCGCGAAGAAAACCCGUGACUCCACCCUAUCGUUGUCGCACUGCGUGAAGGACGCUUUGAUCCGCCUUCAAGUCGGCCCGUGCGGUCAUUCGGAUCGUACUUGCUCAUCGAUUUUCAUGAUAUUGCGCUGUUCGAUUGUGUGCCAAAGAGCAACUCAUUUUCGGCGGAUUCUACAAAAAUGAGCAAAAUUCGUCUCUUCGUCUAAUAAUUACGUCCAUCGAGUUUACGAGUAUCUAUUUGUUUUCCGAGAAAUGAAUAUUGCGCAUUCAAUUCCAAUGCGUCGCUGAAUUGAAUACAUGAUGCGGUUUUGUACGCUGAUCUGUACCUCUACUAGAGCCACAGUCAGACCCUGACUUGACUCAACAUACCCUGACUCAUAGCCCUAAGACGCCCCUAUAACAGCUCAUAGCCAUCGCGUGGCUCUGGUCGCAAGCUGAGCCACAACGCCUUCGGGUAGUAGACCAGAGCAGACGAAAAAUUACUAUUUUUGUGUCGACACUGCCUUGAUUUUGUGACUUUGGCAGCGCCCAAGCGUACAUAGACGAAAACGCGUCAAAAUGAAACGUGUGCCGAUCAUA